UUGGUAUGUACGUUUGUUGACAUUGAUAGUAUAAAGAGUCUGAGCUAGAUCUAUAUAUUCUUUUAUUUAAAACAACAACAAUAUAGCUUAAGACCAAGAAAAAAGUCUUCUAGAUCUCAGAAUAGAACGCAAAAAGUAGUUCAUGGCCAAAGUUGAGACAAUGCCAACAGCUAGUCCUAAGUCAAUGUCAAGACCAACACAAUGGAAUGAAGAAGUAGAAGAAGCUUACAGAUUCCAACUGGCAGGGUACCGAGAUGAAAUUGAAUACAAGCAAGUGAGGAAAACUGAUCAUGUGGACAGAUGGCCACAUAAUGGAUUCAUAAAGAAACUCAUUCGUCGAGACGGCUGCUUCUAUUACUAUGACAGAACUAGAGAGUGUCCAGACAAGCAGAUCAACAAAACAAAACUAUAUGCCUACUGACCUCUGUAACUUAAGUCACCACCAGUAACAAGCUGUUUCAAUUAUCACUCAAAACUUUUUUUUUAAUGGGAUCAAGAGUUUGAUUAAAAAUAUCCCCUUAACCAUGUUUAUGCUGGUGGCUCUAGCAGCUUGUGCAUUUGCUUAUUGUUUUUUGUUGUGUCAUGAAGUCCUUAUUGUUAUACUCCUGACAUUUUUAAGAAUGUACAGCCAGGCAGAGUUGAAGAUAGAACCUGAGUCCCUUUUACAUUAUCUAGACUUUAACAACUUAUUGAACUAGAUGGUUUAUUGCAUUUCCAUGAAAUCAAAAUAUUAGAGUCACUAAGUGCAAUGUUUUAAAUUGGUCAGCUUUCAAAAAUAAAUCUACAUGUUUGGAUACAUUAAGUAGAAUAAUAAUUAUUAAUGAACCAGCAUUGUCUCAUUUUUUUUGUUUUUAGAAAAUUGUAAAUUUGAGUAACAGUAAUUUUUUUUUUUUAGAUUUUUAUUAUAAAACUCUGUACAGUAAUUUGGUCAUGUGAGCCACAUCCUUUGUUUUCUUUAUAUAUUUUUAUCUUUAUUUUUUUGAAACAUUAUUAUAUUGAAUAUCCAUGGCAUUUAUGGCAACAUAAAAGUCUGUCAAGCAAA